AUGUGGAUGAAACAUGAAGGUUUGAGGGGCCCUGUUUCUCUAUGGUGGUCUCAACCCCACUCUUGGUCUGGUUCAAAAGAUUUCAUUUUCUUUAAAAAGUUACAGUAUAUCAAGGAAAAUAUGAAGAGAUGGAACAGGAAAGUUUUCAAGAAUAUUUUCAUUGAAAGAGAUAGAGUGGAAUUGAAUUUGGAAAACCUUCAUUCCAGAAUUAUUGGAAAUGGAAUGUCUGAAAUGAAAUUUGAGGAGGAGAAGAUGCUUAAAAAAGAGUAUGCUGAAAUUUUAGCUAAGGAAGAAACAUAUUGGAGACAAAAGUCAAGGGAGUUGUGGUUGAAAGAGGGGGAUCGAAACACGAUUUUUUUUCACAAUUUAGUUAAAGUGAGGCGAUCCCUUAACAAUUUUUUUUCUAUUACAAGUCAGGAUGGUAAGAUCUUGGAGGAUCCAGAGGAGAUCAACAAGGAAGCUAUUGAGUAUUUUUCUAAUUUCCUCAAAGGGACGGACACUCAAGAUGGAGAUGUGAAGGAGGUUUUGUCGUUUAUUCCUAAAUGUAUCUCGGCAAGUCAAAACAAUAUGCUGAUGAACGUGGUCUCUUUGGAGGAAGUUAAAGCGACUCUCUUCUCAAUGGGGGGGGAAAAGCUCCCAAGCCAGAUGGCUUAG